AUGAUCACAAACGGUAUUUAUUGGAGCAAACAAUUGGAAAGUCAGACACCGAUUGGUUUUAAUGCCAUCGAUGAUAGUCGAUGGUCACAUCUGGUCAAUACAUCACAUGUUGUCAAAAUGGUUAAGGGAUGCGGUCGUGUCCACAACAGACUCGUCACCUUCAGUACUGGUCAUAUGUCUUGUGUUAGGUCUCGACAAAACAACGAUCAAAUACAAGGAGAUAUAUUUAGUUUCUAUUUGAGCCGAUUGUUGGCCAUCACAAAUCUACCGCCGGCUACGGUAGCUUUGGUCAAAACAAAAGAUUCUUCUUAUGAUAAUCAAUGGCAAAAUGUGAGAACUGAAUUACAGUCAUAUAAUUGGGACAAAAAACCUGUUGUAUUGACACAAUAUGUCAACGAUUUAGUGCCCGCUUAUAUACCUCAACAGUUAACCACUGAUAAUAGACGGUUACAUCCCGUAGCCGAAGAUAUCGGUGGCUUAAAUGUGUCUCAAUUGACAGAAUUGGUUCAAUGGAGUGAUCUAAUUGUGUUCGACUAUUUGACGGCUAAUAUGGACCGUUUAAUCAAUAAUAUGGUUAACCAUCAAUGGGAUCAACAGAUAAUGCAAAAGCCGGUACACAAUCUGCUAAAAGUGAAAAAUAGCGGACUUUUGUUGUUUAUAGACAAUGAAUCGGGUCUUUUGCACGGCUAUCGACUCAUCAAUAAGUAUGAGCGACAGCACCGGUCGGUGUUAAGUGCUUUGUGUAUAUUUCCUAUUCAAGAGAAACAUUUUAGACAGAAAUGUCUUCUCUGUUCUACCAUUUCUUCCGGAGAAGAGCUUCAAAAUAUUGUUUGA